UGUUCGACGUUUGAUACUUUGAUUACCACUUCCUCGGUUCCACCACCGUUACCGACUAUUAGUGUCUAACCGCUGUCCGCUGUAGUGCUGUACGGCCUGUAGUCUGUACCACCACUCACCAGUCACCGCUCACCACCGUUACCGUUCACAAAUUUUAUUGUUCGGUCGGCGAGUGGCGAAACGUUGUAUGCUUAUUUCAAUCGUCGGGUCGUUUUAAAUUUAUACAUUUUGCGAUCUUCCAUCUCGGCGAUUAGUAAUUAGUAUGUCGAUCCGUCCUCUAGAUUUGUCACGUCGUUCGCAGCGGGCCGUUUGACGCGAUAUCUGAUAUAAGCAAAUCAUACGUUACUCUAACUCGGUUGCCUACGUAUUAGGUAUAGUCCGACGACACCGAAGCUGAAUAAUCGAAACUCUUGUCACCGUUGAGAACCGCAUAUAUAAAGACACAGAAAUGGAUGAAGGAAUGGAUCCGACAUUUGCAAUGAGACUGAGGGCGCAGCUGUCCAGAAGUCCUGACUAUGUUGUUUUGAAAAACCGUCAAAUGCAAGUAGCAUCAGAAUUGAAGUCACAAUCUGUGGAGAAAGAAAAUACAUUAUUAGGUUUUAAAAGACUUGAAGAAAUGGAAGUUGAUGAUGAUCMAAAUCAAUUAAAAUCUUUUAAAAAAUUUAAAACUGAUCAACCCUGUUCAUCUGUUCAAACCUAUGACCAGUUUAAUGGUUUUCGAGCUGAUCGGUUUAUACCUUACCGAGAAGCACAUAACCUUGCAGCAAGGUUUAAUAUUAUAUCAGAUAUUAGAUAUGGUUUAGAUUAUGGUAAGAAAGAUUUUCAAAGUGAAGCAGCUAAUAAAGAUAAUGCAUACAAAGCUAUUCUUCACAAUGAACUGCUUGGAUCUAGUGUUGGUGAAAUAAGUAUUCAAGAUAAAAACCGAGAUCGUUUAGCUACCAAACGAAAUUUAUUUCAGUACUAUUCCUCCAGUCCUGAACAAGUUGAUAAUAUCCAAUCAAGGGUUCCUUAUUCUUUAUCUCCUCUUGGCUCCAAAAGUCAAGAAAUUUUACGAUCGCCUCGAAAAAUACCUCGCAAAAUUUCUAGAGUACCUUAUAAAGUCCUUGAUGCCCCUGAACUCCAAGAUGACUUUUAUUUAAAUUUAGUUGAUUGGUCAUCCUCAAAUUUACUUGCUGUUGGSCUAGGAAGUUGUGUAUAUUUAUGGUCUGCAACUACAAGUAAAGUCACAAGAAUUAGUGAUUUGUCAUCUGAUGGUAAUGUUGUUACUUCAGUUGCUUGGAAUGACAAAGGCAAUUAUUUAGCCUUUGGUACUCAAGAAGGAUCUGUAGAAGUAUGGGAUAUUGCUGCAGAAAAGCAAGUUAACAGUUUAACUGGACAUGCAGGUAGAGUUGGUGCUAUUGCAUGGAAUGGUGAUGUUGUAUCAUCAGGAAGUCGAGAUCGUAACAUAUUUUUAAGAGAUAUGAGAGGUCCAAGUUUAUCUACUUGUAGACGAUAUGCAGGUCAUCGGCAAGAAGUAUGUGGACUAAAAUGGUCUCCAGAUAACAGAUACCUAGCGUCUGGAGGAAAUGAUAAUAGAUUAUAUGUAUGGAAUACACAUGCAUACACUCCACAAUUGACAUAUCACCAACAUACAGCUGCAGUGAAAGCAAUUGCAUGGUCACCCCAUCAAAGAGGUCUAUUAACUAGUGGGGGUGGUACCGCUGAUAAAUGUAUUCGUUUUUGGAACACGCUAACCGGACAACCAAUGCAAUGUAUCGAUACUGGUUCACAAGUGUGCAAUCUUGCUUGGUCAAGGAAUACUCAAGAGUUGGUUAGUACUCACGGAUAUUCCCAAAACCAAAUAGUUGUUUGGAAAUAUCCUUCAAUGAGUCAAAUUGCCAAACUCACAGGUCAUACAUUCAGGGUAUUAUAUUUGUCCAUGUCCCCCGACGGAGAAUCCAUAGUAACAGGAGCUGGAGAUGAGACAUUAAGAUUUUGGAAUAUAUUUUCAAAAGCACGUUCACAUAAAGAACCCAAGUCAAAACUAAACCUUUUUACAAACAUUCGAUAAUUGGUGUGUAUUAUUAUAAUUGAUCCAUAAUAUUUAAUCAUGUCUUGAUCUCUCUUUCUUAUAUUUUAUAUUUUGUUUGCCUUUUAGCCAUUUUUCAGUUUGUUACCCAUUGAACAAACUUAACUAUUUUUAUUUUUUUAAUUGUAAACAAUUAAAUUUUGUUUUGAUUUUGCUUUUUCGAUAAUUUCUUUU